UGUCUUGAAAUGGUAGCUGGCAUGACCCUCACGAUUUUGAGAUUUCAACUUACCGUUAUCCGUGUUCGCCUGUGAUUGUCGGUGCUGUUCCAUGUCACACCCUGUGUGAGUCUGGAAUCGGACCUUUAAAUUUGAUUUCGGAGGCAGCGGCUGCCCAUCGCUGCCCGUGCCGAAGCUUGAGAAUUAUGCUGUUACCUCUUUCUGUGGCGUUGCUGUCUGUUGAAGGGUUUGCAAGAUUAUCAGAGAUAACCGUCUACCUGGGCAUGUUUCUCUUCAUAAUUUUCCUCAUCUGGAGGUGCUUUAAGAAGCCUCCUGUCUACGAGAUUCCAGCACGAGAUAUCUCCAAAGGUCACCGUUGGUCCGUGACGGACAUUCUCAGUCGCACCGGCUACUGCAGCAUAUGCGAGAACCUGAUCGUGGAUGGGCUCUUCUGCGACUCGUGCGGUAUCUGCGUCGACCACGGUUGUCGUAGUGCAGCCGACAAGUCAGUGCUCUGCAAAAUCCUCUCCUGCACUGGGUCUGCGAUCAAGCACCAUUGGGUAAAAGGCAACACGUCGCCAAACAGCCUGUGCACCGUGUGUGAGAAGCUGUGCGGCCUGGAGGCAGCCCUGGUGGACUUCCGGUGCUGCUGGUGCCAGCGCACCGUCCACACUAAGUGCGCGGAUCAGCUUGGUAAUGUGUGCGACCUGGGCAGCCACCGGGCCUUUGUGGUGCCGCCCUUCUGCGUUCGCCUGCGCAUGGUGGGCUGGAAGGGGCGGCGCCACCUGGUGGUCAAGGAGGUGGCCCGGCCGCCCUUCGACCCCUGGAACCCGCUCAUCGUGGUGGCCAACCGCAAGAGCGGCAACAACGACGGGGAGGUCAUCCUGAGCGUCUUCCGGGGCAUCCUCAAUCCUGCGCAGGUGAUUGACUUAGACGAACUCCCACCGGAAUCGGCGUUGGAGUGGUGCCACCUGAUCCAGGACCACGUGUGCCGCGUCUUGGUGGCUGGAGGAGAUGGGACCGUCAACUGGGUCUUCACCGCAAUGGACAAGCUGAAACUUCAGCCACCUCCUCCACUCUGUGUCCUUCCGCUCGGCACUGGCAACGACUUUGCGAGGGUGUUUGGCUGGGGUGAAGGCUACAGCUCCUCCGACAUCAAUGCACUGGAUAUCUUGAACAGUCUCAAUCGAGCAAGAAUACAGAAAAUUGACAGGUGGAAAAUCCAUAUAUCUCCACAAAGACGGCUUGGCUUUGCUCCUCCGUGUCAGGAAAUGUUCAUGACGAACUACGCUUCCGUCGGCGUGGACGCCCUGGUCACCCUCAACUUCCACAAGACACGAGAAUCCUGGCUGUACCUUUGGAAGCACAGGUUUUUCAACAAGCUGCUGUACUUCACGUACGGAACGAGGGACAUCCUGGAGAAGAAGUGCAAGAACCUGCACCAGAAGGUGAGGCUUUGGCUGGACAACGAGGAGGUGGGGCUGCAGGAGCUGGAGGCCAUCACGGUGCUCAACAUCCCCAGCUGGGGUGCCGGGGUGCGUCCCUGGCACAUGGGCGCAGGCGGGCAACUGGCACAGCCCCAGAGGUGCGACGACGGCCUGCUCGAGGUGAUCGGCCUGUACUCCUCGUUCCACGUUGCACAACUCCAGAUCGGCAUGUCCGAGCCCAUAAGACUGGGACAGGCCAGGGAAGUCAGGAUGGAGCUCUCAGAGCGGCUGCCAAUGCAAGUGGAUGGGGAACCCUGGGAACAAGCACCGGCCACCUUGAGCUUCACAUUCCACUGUCAAGCUUCCGUGCUUGUGAACCAGUCUGGCCAGUUGUGAGGGCAUUUCGUUACAACAGUGGGUAGAGUUGUGGAAGUCGUCUUUGAAGCCAGACACCCACUGUUUUUGCUUGCACAAACUUUACAUACCUGGUCGACGUACGUGACUGUGAUCUUAUCCUCCAGAACUGUAAAUACCGAAUGUUGUACUGGACGUCGAACUACGUAUCCCAACGGAAGAAGCUAGAGCCACUAAGUGAGCUACACUUAAGAGUAUCGAUGCUUUAGCCAUCUUGGUGCUCAAGGCCAUUUUCUCUGAAGCUUUAUCUGAAAUCGCACAAAACGGUUUUCCGUCUGCCAGAAGUUUUAAGCUCUGCGACUGUGCGCUCCACAGCGACGGCGCCUGAGCUUCUAGACAUAAAGUAUAGAGCCCAAGAAGUUGCAUUUCCGAACCACAACGAUCUCUGGAUGCGCCCACCCUGCACUGGGCACCAAAAUGAUGGCACCAAAAUGAUGGCACCAAAAUGAUGGCACUUGCAAGAAAACGGUGGAGUUUCAGUACUCUUAAGUAUAGCUUGUUUUGUGGUUCUAGAAGAAGCGAUUUGGUAUUUUGUGCAAGCAUGGCCACGUAAGGUGCUGGGAGGAUUGUAUCCCUGGAGAUGGCUUUUUCGGAACUUUGCGAAGCGGUCUGUGUUCAUUCCAUUUUGCGAAAAUGCCUCAUGACGUAGGUUUGGAAGCGAGAGAGGGCCAUUUUUUUUUUUGUGUGAAUACUCGCUUGGGAGUUUCUGGGGAAGGAACUGAGCAGUGGUAUUCCUUCAAAACCCCACUGUCUGAGAAAAGGUUCUUUGCUUUAGAAGUGCAGGAAAUGCUUGCUAACUCAUUCCUUCUACUAUUAAGCUUCCAAUUAGGGGUGUGUGAAUACCUAAUAGUAAUUCUCGAAUCAAAUACCGAAUCAAAUCAAGAAAAAAAAAUAUAAUGCUGAAUACUGAAUUUAUUCAACAUGAGCUCACAUGUUCACGAAUUUUCCUGCAAAAAAAGCAGCUGUUGCACGUGAUCUGAUGUCAACUUCUCCCGCCCCGAUGUCACAAUGUUACCAGCCAUGGAAAACAGCUUCUCACUGUGUACACUUGCUGCCAAGAUGGCGAGGUACUUCAUGGUCGACUUGCACAGCCCAGGGAAGUUGCACUUGAUCAUUUCUUUCCAGAAUGUCGGAGGAUCUUGGUCUUUACUGCAGGUAGAUUCUUGAAGCUACCGUUGAAAUUCCUCAAUUUUACCCCUUCCACAGGAGUGCUUUCUUACAGAUGCUGUUGCCAGCUUUUCAAUGUUUUUCCAGAUACUGCAGGCACCUUCCUUGUGGACUCUAGAUAUUGAAACAUUGGCACAGUCACUCGAUACUCUUGGUGGGAAAGUCUUGCAGCUCAGCUUUCACAAGACUCAAAAGUCUCAUUUCUUGGAAGGCUUCAGUGCAAAAGAUGCUCCUAAACCUUGAAUCGCAUGCUGUUGCGAUAGUAUACUCAAGAGGAGGAGAGGAGGAGAUGGAGAAGGAGGCAGACGACACGGAAGAGGAGGAGUGUGCAGAAAGCACGGUACAGUGAAACUUGUUUAGAAUGAACCCACACACAGCGAAUUAUUGUCCAUAUUGAACUCGAGGAAAAUUUAAGUAAAAAUGCAUGUAAAAAGUACUUUUUAUUGCAAACAACAUAUGGGCUACAUCAAACUUUUUUCUCCCGGGAAGGGUUUCAAAACGCGCAAACAAUCGUCUUCUAGCCUGUCCCUUCCCCCAAAAAAGAAGUAAGAAAGAAAGAAAAUUCCAAAAGCUCAAGUUGCAA